UAAUCGAUUCAUUAAAAUAGAAAAUAAAGUUAUAUAUGCUUGGCUCAGGUAAUUACAGCUGCUUGAAGGUGGAUCUAAUCUUCACGAGAGAUCGUUCCUUCUAUUUUACUACGGUCUUCAUCCCGGGUAUUAUUCUAGUAACCAGCUCCUUCAUUACAUUUUGGCUUGAAUGGAAUGCCGUACCGGCACGAGUGAUGAUCGGUGUAACAACAAUGCUCAACUUUUUCACCACGUCGAAUGGCUUCCGGGGAACGCUGCCCGUUGUUUCAAAUUUGACUGCCAUGAACGUGUGGGACGGCGUGUGCAUGUGUUUCAUCUAUGCAAGUCUUCUCGAGUUUGUUUGCGUGAAUUACGUCGGUCGCAAACGACCAAUGCACAACGUUGUCUAUCGUCCAGGCGAGAAUCCUGUCACCCAGCGGCUUCCAGCGGUGCUCAGCAGGAUAGGAAUUAUAUUGGCCAGCCCCUUGAAGCGAGAAGGCGGAACUACUACCGGUGGCACUGGACCGAACGAGAUUGUCACUUGUACCAACUGCGGACCUAAUCCCUGCACGCACACUGCAACGAAUGGUUGCACCGCCGAGUUAAGAAAAAAGGAUCCGCCGCAUCCGAUUAGGGUAGCGAAGACGAUCGACGUGAUAGCAAGGAUCACUUUUCCAAUCGCCUAUUUCAUGUUCCUCACUUUUUUCUUCAUUCACUACAAAGGCACUUCGUAGAAUAAUGUAUAACUAUCUUUGAGAUAUUUCCCAUUUUGCUGGUAUGAGCAACAACGAAGCUUUGCAAUAGAUGUUGAAAUUUGUGCCAUAAAAAUCAAAUUUAAACUCAAGUUUUUUUUAAGAUCAAAAAUGUUUCGAAGUAGAAUCGAUAAAAGACAUUGAUAAUCAUUUGUCAUAAUAUUUAUUAUAAUUAUUAGAUAUAAAGACAACAACACAUAAUGUAGACAAAUAAAUAUUUAAAAUAAAUCUAAAAUUAAAUUGUUAAUAUUACUCUAUAAUUCAACAAAUUAAACAAAUUAACUAUAACGAAUACAUGGAAUUUCUGAAAGAUAAAAAAAUUUUUCUGAAGAGAGAAAGAAUUGCUAAUUCAAAAAUAUUUGAAAGCACAACAUAAAAAAGAAAAAUACCAACAGGGGAAUUAUCUCUGACUAGUUUCCUUUUUCUCUUAUGUGUGAUAAUUUUCCAAAAAAACACUUCUUUGUGCAGAAAGUAGAUCAUGUUUUGCGAUCACAUGCAGCGGCCAUAUGCACUUAUCUCAGUCUGUUUUCUUUCUUAUAUCUUAGAUAGAAUAAUCGCUGGCGACCACUUCAGCUAAGCAUAAAGAAUAAUGCUUAGCUUAGUUAACGACGAUCAAAGGUAAUAUAAUAAUUACAGACAAACAUCCAUUCUUAACAUUCUUUUAUGAUGCGUUUCAAAAUAUAUUGACAAACAUGUAUUGAACAUCCAUGUCCACAUCCACAUCCAACACUACACAUUUCUAGUACUAUAUUGAUACAUUUCCAAAUGUAUUCUUAAUUUCUAUAUUUUUAACAUUUUUUUGUGCUACUAUGUAAUUCAUAUUCGUUAUAUGAUCAUAAGGUAAGGAAAUUUUUCUUUAUGAUAUUAUAUAAUAUUAUAUGAAUAUGCUGAUACUAAAUGCACUUACACAAAGACACAGCAAAAACUAUAAAAUAUUAAAUAAAAUGAGUUAUUCAAAGAGGGAAGAUUUGAUAUAUUAAAGUAUGAAUAAUUUGCGUGAAUUAGUUAGUUUUUGGAAAAUAUGCAAUUAAAUUUGAAAUUUGAUAAUCUCCUAUUACAAAUUCUAUGUUGUAAGAAUUUUGAUCAUGUAAACAAUAUAGCAGAGUGGCCGAGCGGAAGAAAGAACACGAUUAUAUUUCAUUAUCUGCCGAAGAGUUCGAGUAUUCUUAAAGUCAAAUAUAACCAACCGUUAUAUUUUAUGAUAAGUAAUUAUUUUUUUAAGCAAAAAUGCUAAUAAUGAGUGUCAUUACAAAUUGUUAUAUAUAAUAUUUGUCAUAUAAUAUGUAAUAAAAG